CUAUUUAAACAAGCAUAAGCGGCUUUUCUCGUUCUCUUUCGUUUGCUCUCUGUAACUGCGAGAGAGCUCCUUAUUUUUUAGAUUCCCUAAACUUCCAUUCUUCAAGUUUCGCUCCCAAAUUUCAUCAUGGGCAAGGAGAAGACACACAUUAACAUUGUGGUCAUUGGUCAUGUUGACUCUGGCAAGUCAACCACUACUGGUCAUUUGAUCUACAAGCUUGGAGGUAUUGACAAGCGUGUGAUUGAGAGGUUUGAGAAGGAAGCUGCUGAGAUGAACAAAAGGUCAUUCAAGUAUGCCUGGGUUUUGGACAAGCUUAAGGCUGAGCGUGAGCGUGGUAUCACAAUUGACAUUGCCCUCUGGAAGUUUGAGACAACUAAGUACUACUGCACUGUCAUUGAUGCCCCUGGUCAUCGUGACUUUAUCAAGAAUAUGAUCACAGGUACCUCACAGGCUGACUGUGCUGUCCUAAUUAUUGAUUCCACCACUGGUGGUUUUGAAGCUGGUAUCUCCAAGGAUGGCCAGACCCGUGAACAUGCCUUGCUUGCCUUCACCCUUGGUGUGAAGCAGAUGAUUUGCUGUUGCAACAAGAUGGAUGCCACCACCCCGAAAUACUCCAAGGCCAGGUUCGAUGAAAUCGUGAAGGAAGUUUCUUCCUACCUGAAGAAGGUUGGUUACAACCCUGAGAAGAUCCCAUUUGUCCCCAUAUCUGGUUUUGAGGGUGAUAACAUGAUCGAGAGGUCCACCAACCUUGACUGGUACAAGGGCCCCACCCUCCUUGAUGCUCUUGACCAGAUCAGUGAGCCCAAGAGACCCACAGACAAGCCUCUCCGUCUUCCACUUCAGGAUGUCUACAAGAUUGGUGGUAUUGGAACUGUACCUGUGGGACGUGUUGAGACUGGUAUCCUGAAGCCUGGUAUGGUCGUGACCUUCGGCCCCACUGGACUGACCACUGAAGUUAAAUCUGUUGAGAUGCACCAUGAAGCUCUUCAGGAGGCCCUUCCAGGUGACAAUGUUGGUUUCAAUGUUAAGAACGUUGCUGUCAAGGAUCUCAAACGUGGUUUUGUUGCUUCCAACUCUAAGGAUGAUCCUGCCAAGGAGGCUGCCAACUUCACCUCUCAGGUCAUCAUCAUGAACCACCCUGGUCAAAUUGGGAAUGGAUAUGCCCCUGUCCUUGACUGUCACACCUGCCACAUUGCUGUCAAGUUUGCUGAGAUUUUGACCAAGAUUGACAGGCGAUCUGGCAAAGAGCUCGAGAAGGAGCCCAAGUUCUUGAAGAAUGGUGAUGCUGGGUUUGUGAAGAUGAUUCCCACCAAGCCUAUGGUUGUUGAGACCUUUUCUGCCUAUCCUCCUCUUGGUCGUUUUGCAGUGAGGGACAUGCGUCAGACCGUGGCCGUUGGUGUCAUUAAGAGUGUUGAGAAGAAGGAUCCAUCUGGUGCCAAGGUCACCAAGUCUGCAGUAAAGAAAAAGUGAAGUGUUUGCUUGGUUACAGUUUAGGCUAGCUUAUGACUUCCUUUCUGCUUGUUUGAUUUUAUUUUCACUUCUCUUCAAGUUUUGAGAACAGUUUACAAUUUAUCUUUACAGUUUAUGCGUGUUUUGGAAUUUUACAAGCCGAGCUUGUUAUGUUUUUGGUUGUUUGGGACUUCUUCGUAAAUUUAAGUUCUCUGGUAUCCAGUUAUCUUUACCUGCAUCA